AAGUUCAAAUCAGGACUGCAAACGCACGGUCAGCGCUGAUCAGUGCCGAGUCCGGCAGUGGCGCGAUCAGUCGAUUCCUCAUUUCGGUGAUUGAGAAUUAAGAAGUGCGUCUUGUGAGAGAACUUGUGUUUGAAUAGUGUGAACUGGUGAUAAGAAGAGAUGCCCGAGUACAAGUAUCUUUCCGGUUUCGGAUCACACUUCUCCUCGGAGGACUCCCGAUGUCCGAACGCUCUUCCAGAAGGUCAAAAUUCUCCGCAGAAGUGCGCCUACGGUCUGUACGCUGAACAACUGUCCGGCAGUGCCUUCACGGCUCCUCGGACCGAAAACGUCCGCAGCUGGCUCUAUCGGGUGCGCCCUUCGGUGAUCCACCAGCCGUUCGAGCGAUACGACGCCGCUCCGUUUCUGCGCGCCAAAUGGGACGAACAGCACCCAAACCCCAACCAGAUGCGCUGGAACCCGUUCGAUGUGCCCUCUGGGAAGGUGGACUUUGUGGCCGGUCUGCACACGGUCUGCGGCGCCGGAGAUACCCGGAGCCGACACGGAUUGGCCGUGCACGUGUACUUGUGCAACAGCUCGAUGGAGAACCAGGCGAUGUACAACAGCGAUGGGGACUUUCUGAUUGUUCCCCAACAGGGUUCGCUGGAUAUAACUACCGAGUUCGGCAAGAUGUACGUUCAACCGAACGAGAUCUGUGUGAUACCGCAGGGCAUUCGGUUCAGCGUUGCCGUUGAAGGUCCUACCCGAGGUUACAUUCUGGAGGUUUACGAUGGACAUUUCAAGUUGCCGGAUCUGGGGCCAAUCGGAGCAAACGGACUUGCAAAUCCACGGGAUUUCCUUACCCCGACGGCGUGGUUCGAGGAUCGUAGCGUCGAUGGGUACAAUGUGGUUUCCAAGUACCAGGGAGCUUUGUUUGUUGCAACGCAAAAUCAUUCGCCGUUCGAUGUAGUGGCGUGGCACGGAAACUAUGUUCCGUACAAGUAUGAUUUGGCCAAGUUUAUGGUGAUUAACUCGGUCAGCUUCGAUCAUUGCGAUCCGAGUAUUUUUACUGUGCUGACGUGUCCGAGCAACCGAUAUGGGACGGCCAUUGCUGACUUUGUCAUCUUCCCACCGAGAUGGUCGGUUCAGGAGCACACUUUCAGACCUCCGUACUAUCAUCGCAACUGCAUGAGCGAAUUCAUGGGUCUGAUUUUCGGUCGCUACGAAGCCAAGGAGGGCGGUUUCAUGCCGGGUGGCGCUUCGCUGCAUUCCAUGAUGACACCGCACGGCCCGGACAGGAAGUGCUUCGAAGGCGCCUCCAAUGCGGAGCUCAAACCGGAACGGAUUGCUGACGGGACGCAAGCCUUCAUGUUCGAGUCGUCUCUGAGCAUGGCCGUCACCAAGUGGGGCGAAGAAACAUGCCAGAAGUUGGACGCCAAGUACUACGAGUGUUGGCAAGCGUUGGAGAAGAAGUUCAAGAUUUGAACGACUUGGACGGGCUCUUGAUCAGGGAUUUCGGCCUACAGAGUAACAUUCACGGUAUUGAUUUUUCAAGGACAAAAAUCGAAUUUAAUUCUCUGUCUCACUUUCGUUCAGUUUUGUUUUGUUGAAGCAAAUUUAUAAAAUUUAUCUUUUUUGCGGUAUCUCUUGAUUCGCUGUUAAUACUUAAAGAGUUUUAUCACACUGUUUUUUUUUGUGUGUGAAUGAGUGCUUGUCUGCAUGGUAGUUUUUACUUCAAAAUUACAUUGUUCUACGUUAAGAGUACACUUCCGCGUGCGGUUCGUUUAGUGUUUAGUUUGUCGCGUCUCGUUACCAUUUGAACUAUAAUCUCAAGAACGGUUUACUUUUUAAUAAUUAUUAUUAAUUCAUAGCAUUUAGAUAUCCUAAUCACUUUUGUCUUCUGUUUUGUUUAUUUUUUUGUUAAGAUCAAUUCAAUCAGCAUUAUGGUGUUUAAUAAUAAUCACACAUUCUUUAAAGUUCUGCAAAUCCUUCGAUAAGUUUGUUGUUUUACUAGUAUUUGAUUAUAUUACACUUAGAAUUAGCAUCUGUGAGAAAAAUAAAGCCUUGGUUUCGUGCAUUUCCGAA